AUGAGCUCACCUUUCGUAAUUGCUGCUAUACGGGAUGUGGCACCCACUUUAUCUGAACCGUAUCCACAAGAGUUGAGAAGGCUUAUAGAUAGUCUUUAUGACUACUCAAAAUUUAAAAUCAGUUUAAGUCAAAAUGAAGAAAUUGCAAGAUAUCAUAUAUGUGCAAUUUUGGCAAUUGAACGAUUAAAACCACAAUUCAACUUUCAAGAUCCUGUGUUAGAUAAAGCACCUGUGCCCACAAAAAUGGUUGCUCAACUUUUAAAUAUUUUUCAAAAUCAUUUCCAAGUGAAAAGUUCAAAACCUACACCAGUUUCAACUCCAAAGAAAAAAAUAGAUGAUAAAAAACUUAAAGUUCCCACACCUAGCCCUUCACCUUCCAAAAGGAAACCAGGUCGUCCUCCAGGAUCACCAAAUAAAUUGACACUAAGGCAAAAAUUGGAGAAGGCUUCGGGUGAUAAAAGUACUAGCUCUUCUAAUUCUACACCACAAAACUCACCAAAGAAACAAAUUAUCAGUGAUGAAUUUCUACAGAAAACUCCUAAGAAGAAUACACAGUCACAGCCUAACACACCAACCAAAAGCAUACUAAAAUUUAACGGGAAUAAAACUGGACCAACUUCAAAUUAUUCAUCUCCUACAAAAUACAUGAAACUUUUAUCAGCUAGUGAAAUCACAGCAUUAUGCAACAAAUUCCAACUAGAUACUGAUGUCACACAGAAUAUAAUAGAAACAUUUAAACAAUAUUGCAGAAAAGUAUCCAACGAAUGGAUUCUACUUUGUGGUCUCAUAAUAAACUGUUAUUUCGUCAUUCAUCAUAAAGUUAUAAAUGAACAACUUGGUUCCAAGACAAGUACAAUUAAAGCUAUGUUUUCCUUACAAAACGGUGGACUUAUGCUGGAACAAGUCAACACAAGUGUCAAUAUCGCACAUAAUCUCAUAGCAUACAACAAAUGGUUCAAGCAGCUCAAGAUUAAGCAUGGAGUAUCGCUUGAAUCCCAAUCUAUUGCAUCGACUACUGGGAACAUGAUUUCCCCAGAAGUCCAAUUCCAUUCUGCUCAAAAGCAAAAAGCCUACCAUGAUUGGCUCCAGAAAAUUAAAACCGAACUGAUCCAAAAGUCUCUUGACUCCAGUUCCAACACUUCUGCAAACACAUUUCUAUAG